AUGCUACUUCAAGAAGCCAUUGACUCUGCAUGUGCCAUCGAUGUGAAUGCAGCAGAUAUUACUUCGGAAGAUUUGCACCAGUUUGGUAUCCGCAAUGUUACCCUUAGGGAUUAUCAACUCUCUGGUGUUUCUUGGUUGGCUAGCUGUUCCCUUCAAAACCGUGGGGCUAUAUUGUGCGAUGAGAUGGGUCUGGGGAAAACAUGUCAGGUCAUAGCAUUUCUUUCGGCCUAUUUUCGUCGUAAACCUCAUAGUUCAAUCUUGCUGGUGUGCCCGCUGUCGGUGAUGGAUAAUUGGAUCAACGAACUGAAUAGAUUCUUCCCAUCGAUAGGCUUCCUCAUUUAUUCUGGUGACCAAACUGUUCGUGAAGAGAAGCGUUCUGCGUUCAAGGCCAAACCCUGUCCGAUUCUUUUGACCACUUACGAGCUUUGCAUAAAUGAUCAACUCUUCUUAGAAACGGUAUCUUGGGAUAUCCUCGUUGUGGACGAGGGACAUCGACUGAAAAAUUCGGAUUCCCUGCUUUAUAAGGUGCUAUCCGAGGUCCGUUGUUCGAAUCCGACCUCUGCCUCUCGACUUCCCCUGUCUAGGCUUGGGCGACCUGGUAGUAUCCCAGCCCUCGUGCCUUCUUCGUGUGGCACAGUAGCUAGGCACCGAGAGGGUGCUACAGCUAAACGAUCAAUCAGUCAUCAGAAUGUUAUGCUAAGGAAAUAUGCAUGCCGAAAGCUCCGCUUCAUUCUGACCGGUACUCCUGUUCAGAAUAAUUUAACGGAGUUGUACAGUCUACUGCAUUUUGUCAGCCCCUCUCAUUUUCCGAAAAGUUUACAUGCGGACUUCGUAAACUAUUUUGGGACACCAGAUCCAACUGAACAAGCUGUCCGAGAUGUGCAGAUGGGAAAACUCCUGCGUCCGUUCCUUCUCCGCCGUACCAAACAGCAAGUUCUAUUGGACUUACCACCGCGACUGGAUUUGCUGAUCUAUCAUUCUCUAACGCCGCUGCAGACAAAAAUCUAUCGAGCCCUACUAACCCGUAAUGCAGAUGUACUGACAUCUGUUGUUAGUACGGAAAUCGGUGCCCCGCGAGCGAAAGUCCCAACCUAUCGGGUGACUAAUUUGUUGAUGCAACUGCGGAAGUGUGUCGAUCACCCAUACCUGUUCGACGGUGUUGAGCCGGAACCUUUCGAAUUGGGGGAUCAUUUGAUUCUUGCCAGUAGCAAACUAGUGCUGCUGGAUCUACUAUUGGAUUAUCUGUACAAUCCUUUUGAACAGCAUCAAACAUCAACUCGGCAUGUUGGACCUGUUCACAAAGUUCUGAUCUUUUCCCAAAUGACACGCAUGUUGGACAUUGUGCAGGAUUAUCUGACUCUCAAAGGCUACUCCUACGAACGUUUGGAUGGCUCGGUACGUGGUGAAGAUCGAGUUAGCGCUGUCAACUGUUUCAACAGGAGCAAUGAGACAUUCUUAUUCCUUCUGAGUACGAAAGCAGGCGGACAGGGCCUGAAUCUAGUCGCUGCAGAUACUGUCAUUUUUAUUGAUAGUGACUUCAAUCCACAAAAUGACAUCCAAGCAGCCGCCCGUGCACAUCGCAUUGGACAGACGAAACCGGUUCGCGUCAUUCGUCUAGUUGGCCGAGAUACAGUCGAAGAGGCCAUUCUUUCUCGUGCUGAUGUCAAACUGAAGCUGACUGCCCGUGUUUUAGGAUCUGGUGAAAUGGCAGUGAAAGGUGAUGAAGCUGAUAUACCUAGCCCCGAAGAACUAGCAAUGGUACUUAAAUUCGGUUUGGCCCGACUUCUGGAUAAUAUGAAUUUAAAGGAAGUAGAAGAUGCCUCGAGCUUGUCAGACAAACCAGACCUGAACUUCGCCGAAAUUUUAGGGGAAACUCAUCCGGAUACGUGGCACUGGUUGCCACCUCUGCCGGUCGAAGCAAAACUCAACUCGAAUAAACAAUCGAACUGGGUACUUCUCACCGAGACUCCGUAUCAAUGCAAAGUUUCCGAAGCUGACUUGCAAGCCGUUGCGCAACUGAAAGAAGGAUACCGUAUACGAAGUCAGGGUCCUGUUCCUCCAACUUCACUGUCCUUCGAGAAGCGCCCUAAGGUCGGCCAGAAACAACUGACGCCCGAAGAACUUGCGGAGAAAAAGAAAAAGGCUGAAGAGGCUGCUGAACUUCGGUUACAAAAGGCAGCGGAAGCUGCUGCCAAGCGUGCCGAGAGAAAGUUGGAGAAAAAGAAAGCCUUAUGGAAAUCUGCUGGUUAUUUGUCAAUGAGCGUCUUUAGGGAGCUUGUCUCUGAAGGCCAAGAAAACCCCGAAACUGGUACAGUUUUGGACGCUAUUCUAGUCGAGGAUGAAGCCAAUCUGAAUGAGGAGCCCGGGACUGCAGUGACCAUUCAUUACGUUUUUGGGGAUGCUUCGGAACCUUUGACAAACUUUGAAGAAAACUGUUCAUCUUACCGAAAACCAGCGAUCGUUUGUUUCAGUGUUGACGAUAGUGGCGGUUGGGCACGUGGUGGCUUCUUCGCGGCGUUGCAGAAGCAGAGUACGAAGCCCCGUGAACUGUACGAGUUGGCUGGUGAAAUGGAUGACCUUAAUAUGGGAGAUUGUCAUUUGAUUCCAGUGUUGGAUCGAAGUGCCAACACAAACAUUCAUUCAACUGCGAACAUGACCUUUAGUGAUGUCCUGCUACUACGAGAUCGUGAAACUCUGCAAUUUCCGUUCCCAGUGAACUUCUGUGGACUUUUGAUUGCCCAACAGCACUCCCGUCGCAGCCAGACGAGCGGCAGCCCACCAGAUCUACACAUAGACUCAUUGGAACGGAGUCUCACUGCCCUUGGGAUGGCUUGUCGCGCCCUGGGACACUGCUCCGUUCACCUUCCACGAAUCGGCCAAGGAACACAUGCGUUCCAGUGGUACACUGUGGAACGCCUUCUGCGGAAGCAUUUAGUGGAACGAUCCCACACCGAUGUCUACGUAUAUUACUAUCGUCGUCAGGCAGAUGCAACCGCUACAGCCACUCCUGAUUCAUCUGAAACUUCCGCGAAACGCUCAGCGGACGAUCUGCUGUCGGAUGAACGCAAAUCCACUGAACCUGCUCGCAAGCAAGCGCACCUAUCCCGACAUCUGAAGAAUUUAUUCACUGGCAAAGUUUUCUAUCUGUGGUUGGACGACCACUCCGCUGAGGAAUCCACCGCUCUCGCUCAACAUUGCCCCCCAAACAUGAUACGCUUCUUCAUCACCCUAAUCUGGGGAUUCUAUGAAUGGUACUUGCGACCGGCGAUCAAGUUUGCCUUGAGACGAGCAACUGGAAAGUGCGAAUUGCAUCGGCUCAUCCUGGCCUACCCCAGAGGUGCCAUGCGCACCUUUGCGAUCGAGCAAUCAAUGCGGCGAUCCAAGUGCGACCUGCUUAGGGGCGCAUUACCAUGGACAAUUCACUUCGAUUAUAACUCCCGCGCCAGUGAACUUGCGCGGAUUAAAAAUGUGGACAUCUCUUCCCUCUCAAUGUAUGCGUUCUCAGAGGCACGUUUGACGAAAUCCGCCCUAGCAAAUACAUGCCUACGAGCGGCUUGUGACCGAAACAAAUGUACUGAAAUCUACAGCCUUCGACCCAGACAACAGCGCACACCAGCUUCUCCUCACACAGGUUUGACGUCUCUUGUCACCGCAACCCAUAGUUCUCUUGUCCAGCUUUGGAAUGACUUGGCUCCUGUAGAACAGAACGCUGAUCCGGCAUCAAGGCGAUGGAGUUUGAUAGGUUUUCAAACAGAUAAUCCAUACACUGACUUUCGUGGGAUGGGUAUCCUUUCUUUGAAAAACAUGGUGUACUUUAGCAGCCAUCAUACAAAAUUGGCCCGCAGUCUGUUGAGUGCUUCUAAUCAUCCACAACACUGGUAUCCUUUUGCAAUUUUAGCCAUAAACGUAACAGAAAUGCUGUACGUGUUUCUGGAGAAAGGGCAGUUGAAGAACCAGUUCUAUAAUACGGCGGAUCAGUGCAGUUUAGAUGACUUCUACAAGUUAUUCUGCUUCACUUUCCACUCUUUUCACGAAUAUUGGAUGAAAACUGUGAGAGAUGUGAUGUUCUUCAACUUUCACCGAGAGCAAUUCCGAUCUCGUCUGGAGUCUCGUUUGCAAAGCAGUGAUUGUCGUCUUGGUCUCACCGGUUCCAAUGGCGAUGUCAGUUUUUUCGAACCUUGAUGACUCUAGUUGUCUUUCCGUUUACUUUCCACUGGUGGAUUUCCAGUCGUUGCUGCUUUUGCAAGUGUUUUUUUUUUCGAAAACGUUCUUGUCUUGUUGCUUGUUUAUCGGUCUUUGAGCUGACGUUGCUCUUGUCCAUGGUUUCUUUUCUAGUUCCGUUCUGUACUUGCAGACUUAAGCCGGUACUACUGGUACGGAGAUUCCGCCAUGAGGGAACUUUGACUUCGUAUAGUUUAUUCAUGGUGGAAUCAGAUCGUAGUAGAUAAGUAAUACAUUCAUGCUAUUUCAGUGCAAGAACUCCAUUGGGCUCGCUGCUGUAUAGCGUCAGACGAUGCUGGGAGUCUGUAUGGAGACUAGUUUGCAAGGGUGUAAGCUA